AUGGCACCCGUGAAAUCUACCCGUGCCUUGCUGGGUCAGCGGCCCACCGUGCUGCUACCACCCUCCAACUAUGUCGAGCCCAGCGAGGAGGAUCUCCAGGCUCCCUCCAGCCAGCUACAGCUGGACUGGGCCUAUGGCUACAAUGGCCGGGCCGUAGGAGCUGUGCACUGGAUCUCUGACGAAGAGUUUGUCUUUUCAGUGGCAGCCGUGGCGGUGGUUCAAUGCCUGCACCCUGCAAGGCAGAGAUUCUUCGUGGGGCACAGCCAAAGGAUCACAUGCCUCAGCUACUGCAGCGCCUGGAAGCUCUGUGCUUCAGGGCAGAUCGAUCCCAAGGGGGGCCAAGGUCCUUUCAUCUGCCUUUGGCGACCUGCAGACUGCAUCCUGCUCACCGUCUUGGUCUGCCCCCUACAUGAGGAUCAGAUCACCUCGUUGUGCUUCAGCCCGGAUGGCAACCAGCUCUUCAGCCUGGCGCGGGACUCGGCCAACACCUUGGCCAUGUGGGAGAGCUUCCUUCCAGGGAAGACGUCCUGUGGCAUCACCAGUGCGGGCAUGGAGCUGCCGCACGUCUACCGGACACCCGUGGCCAAGGUGGCCACCGGGAAAGUGGGUGGUUUCGGCAUGGUCGGCAGCAAAGAUGCAGCGAACUUCCAGGUGGCCAUCUUUGAUGCAGGCAAGACUGGCAUCGGGCUGCUCCUGAAGUUCGUCCAUGUGGUCAAUGGGCCGGAGCUCCAGGGGCGGUCCGCCAUUUUUCCUCCCAGCAGUGCUCCACGACAUGUGCUGAACUGCGCAUGGAUGGAUGGAGAGUGCCUGGCCUGCGGCGACAAUGGCUACCUCUACAUGUUUCAGGGCACCAGCGCCUCCUGCAGCCAGCGCAUUGCCACGGCAGCCUUGGGCUUUGCAGUGCCGCUGAAGAACAAGGAGCUGCUGGUGGCGAGUAAGGACUCCGUCCUGCACUUCUGCCAUUUCUCCCAUCAGAAGCUGGAAGAGGUGGCAGCAGUGCCCUUCUCGCAGCUGAAGGGCGGGGGUCUGCUGACGGCUGCCGGCCCGCUUCGGCCCAACACCGCUGCGCUUGGCACUGCAGGGCUGCUGAUUGGAUCAGAGAACCAUCACCUCUUCCUGUUGGAUCCGCUGGAGCGUAGGGUCAAGCAGCUGCUGCAGCUGUCGCACACGGGAGCAGUGACUGCCAUGGCAGUGCAUCCGGAGCCUCAGAUGAAACUCUUGGCCACUGCUGGCGCGCAAGACGCGACGAUUCGAUUCUGGGAUGUCAAUGAACAUCAGCCAGUGGUGGGUCGCGUCUUGAAGUUUGAGGAGGAUCAGUCGGGCAUCUUUUCCUUAGCCUUCCAUUCCUCCGGGCGCCUCUUGGCCUGUGGCUUCGGCGAUGGCCAGCUGCAGCUGCUCUCCUUCCCCGCCCUGAAGCCGGUGCCGGGCGGCCGGCGCUGGGCAGGGGCGGAGCGCCUGGCGGCGCUGUGUUUCUUGGACCCGGGGGAUGGCUAUGGCUAUGGCGGCUAUGGGAUGGGAAUGGACGACAUGCUGGCGGUUGGCAGUUGGGAUCAGACGGUCUACAUCUUCAGCAGCUCUAGUAGUUCCAAGUCGCCACUGAGACUUCUGAAAGGCAACACCAGUUCGGUGACCCACAUGCAGUGCAGCGCCGAGGGAACAUAUUUGAUGACCAACUCCAAAGAUGGCCAGGUGCUGUACUUCAACGUGCUGAGCGGCGAGCGCGUGACGCAGGAAACGGUGAAGAACUGCAGCUGGAAGGACUGGAGCUGUCCAAUGGCCUGGCACACGAUGGGCAUGUGGGCGGCCCAGCGUCACUUCGGCAUCUCAGGGAUCAAGUGCUGUCGAGCCUUUCACGCGGUGACAGGUGAAGCCCUUCUGGCGGCCGGUGAUGUUUCGCACCAGAUAACGCUCUUCCACUUUCCGUCGUUGUCGGGAAAGCAAGGCUUCCAUCGCUACGAUGGACACGGGGGCUUCGUCUCGUGCAUGGCGACGUUGCCGGGCGCAGAUCCGACCACGGCAGCAGCGCUUUUGACGCUGGGUGGUGACGAUGGGGCACUGCUGCAAUGGCGCUUGGUGUCCCGAGCUGUUGCGGCUCGUGCUUGGCACGAAGAGGAGAGGCAGCCACAACAAGCCAUGCGCUUGCGCGAAGGCACCAAAGCAGCCGCGCCGCGGCGGAGGCCCCCUUGGGACUUCGAGGACGCGGAGGAAGAAGCGCUGAAGGGUCGUGGUGCAGCACGAGGCCCCUGGGUCCAACACGGCGGCACGGACUUGCCGUACGCGGAGCAGUUGGAGGAGCCUUUGAGCCGACAGCCCCGUCGGCAAGGUGGCACCUCUGGAGGUGCCGGUGAGGCCGGCACAUGCCCGAGAGCCGCCGGCGCCGCCACCACCUCCCUAGCUGCCGAGCCCAAGCCGCGCCGCCACUCCCUGACGGUGGCCGCGGCCGCGAUGGUGGCGGCGGAGCGGCUGCGGGCGGCGGGGAAGACCACGGCAGCCAAGGACGAGCGGCCGACCCAGCGGCAGCACGGUGGCCUCUUCGCGGAGCGCCACUGGCUGGACAGCGGCGCCAUCAUCGCCAGCGUGGCGCGGCAGGUGAAACGCAGUGGCAGUGACGGUGGUUGA